UUGUACACCAAGAUAGGGGAAAAGACUGAAUAAAAGGAAACCGUGCCAGUGAGCUCGUAAUGACCACAAAACCCCACGGAGGAGCCUAGGGCCGCCGCCAUUGGAUAUUUGGGCCGUUUUCUCCUCAUUCCCCUGCCUUCCUCGCUGUGGAUUAUUUCUUGUUUGGCAUCGGGGCGGACGGAAUGGAUAAGGCCAUGGCCCUAACAUAUUGAAUAGCUCGUUGGUGGUGGAGGGGAGGCGAGACGCGCACCGUGGAGACAAUUCAUGGGGCAUUGUGCGGGUAGGAAAAUGGUGGAUUAUUUGCACUGUAUCAUAAAAACCUUACCCGGCCUGGAUUCCCUGCCAUAAGACACUGUUUGGUGGCAUUUGUGCGCCUGUCUCGGCCUUGUCUACGGUAACUGAGGUCGUGUUAUAGCGGUUGGUCGGUAGGUAGGUUCCCCCCUACAGCUCGAUCCGAACGACCUUAUACAUUUCUAUUCUUUAUAUAGCCUACAUGUAGGAUUCUUGCAUCGCUGCGACGCGUUCACCCCCUCCCCUCUCUGAUACUAACAUUUGGAAACAAUAAACUGUUGGAUUACUGAACUAUGGAUUUCAACAGCGGCAGCGGCGGCGGCGGAGGAAACGAACUGCACAACAACCAGUUUUAUCAGUGCGAGGAGAACAAGCCUCUGCUGGGAGAGAUGUCGGAGGGCAAUAAUAACACCAAGCUGGGCGCAGGGCCGUGCAAGAGGUCCCUGCACCACUGCAGCAGCAGCGGGAUGCGAUACAAGCUGCUCCACGAGGGGGACAUCCAGGUGUGCGUGGUGAAGCACCCCCGCACCUUCCUCAGCAAGAUCCUCACCUCCAAGUUCCUGCGGAGGUGGGAGCCGCACCACCUCACGCUCACAGACAGCAGCCUGACCUCGGCCACCCCCACCGGUUACAUGGAGACGUCAUUGUCGUACAGCUCCAUAGAAGACCUGCAGCUCCUCUCAUGGGACAAUGCUCCAAAGUACUGUGUCCAGCUGAGCUUCCCUGGUGGCACCGUCCUGCUGCAGGCUGCAAACAGCUACUUGAGAGACCAGUGGUUUCACUCCCUGCAGUGGAAGAAAAAGAUCUACAAGUACCGUAAGGUCCUGAACAACCCGAGCCGCUGGGACGUGGUGCUGAAGGAGAUCAGAGCGCUGGUGGACAUGGCUCUGACCUCACCGCUGCAGGACGAGUCCAUCCAUCAGGCCCCGCUGCACAUCAUCUCCACCCUGCUGGCUGAGAACUCUAAUCUAAGCACUCAGGAUCAUGAGAACAUCAUUGUGGCCAUUGCUCCUCUGCUGGAAAACAACCACCCGCCACCUGACCUGUGUGAGUUCUUCUGUAAGCACUGUCGGGAGCGACCGCGUUCAAUGGUCGUGAUUGAAGUGUUCACUCCCGUGGUCCAGAGAAUCCUCAAACAUAACAUGGAUUUUGGGAAGUGCCCUCGACUGCGUCUCUUCACUCAGGAGUACAUCCUGGCUCUCAAUGAGCUGAACGCCGGGAUGGAGGUCGUCAAAAAGUUUGUCCACAGCAUGCACGGGCCGACAGGGCAGUGCCCUCACCCACGUGUCCUGCCAAACCUGGUGGCAGUGUGCCUCGCCGCCAUUUAUUCCUGUUAUGAGGAGUUCAUCAACAGUCGGGACAACUCCCCCAGCCUGAAGGAGAUCAGAAACGGUUGCCAGCAACAGAACGACCGCAAACCCCCGAUGCCACUGCGCCUGCUGCGCCCCGAGCCUCCUACGCCACCUCCUGCCACCCUCCUGCCCCUCUCCACCAGCCCCAGUCCUCCUCAGCCGCUUCCCCCCGCCCCACUAAACCCGACUCCGUCCAUCCCCAUCUCCUCCCCGACACCUUCCCUGCCCCUCUCCCCUCCUCCAUCCGUCGUCAAUUCCAGCGAGAUCCUGGUGGAGCUGGAGCGAAACAACUCGGCCAACACCAGGCGGAAGGGCGGGCCGUCAGGGGGCGACAGCGAACCCAACCUCAUCGACUGUCUGCUGGUCAGCCCGGCCGUCAACACCCUGUCCAUCCAGCUGCCGGCGCAGGCGGACCGGGUGCUGGGCUGCUUCGCUCUCAUCCUCAAGAUGCUGUCAGACUAUGAUGACUGGAGACCUGCUCUGGCCAGCCUACUGCAGCCCAUCCCCUUUCCUAAAGAGGCCCUCGCACACGCCAAAUUCACAAAGGAACUGAAAUAUGUUAUUCAAAGGUUUGCGGAGGACCCAAGGCAGGAGGUCCAUUCCUGCCUCCUCAGUGUGCGCUCAGGUAAAGACGGCUGGUUCCAGCUCUACAGUCCCGGAGGUGUGGCCUGUGAUGACGACGGAGAGCUGUUUGCCAGUAUGGUUCACAUCCUGAUGGGCUCGUGCUAUAAGACCAAGAAGUUCCUCCUCUCUCUGGCUGAGAACAAGCUGGGGCCCUGCAUGCUGCUGGCCCUGCGUGGAAACCAGACCAUGGUGGAGAUCCUGUGUCUGAUGCUGGAGUACAACAUCAUUGACAACAAAGACACUCAGCUUCAGAUCAUCUCCACCCUGGAGAGCACCCAGGUGGGGCUCCGCAUGUACGAGCAGCUCUGCGACCGACAGAGAGAACUCAAAGAGCUGCAAAGAAAAGGAGGCCCCACCCGACUGACUCUGCCCUCAAAGUCCACGGAUGCAGACCUGGCCCGCCUGUUGAGUUCAGGUUCUUUUGGGAAUUUGGAGAACCUGAGCUUGGCCUUCACCAACGUCACCAGUGCCUGUGCCGAGCAGCUCAUCAAGCUGCCGUCGCUCAAACAGCUCAACCUCUGGUCCACACAGUUUGGGGACGCGGGGUUGAGGUUGCUGUCUGAGCAUCUGGCCUGUCUUCAGGUUCUGAACCUGUGUGAGACUCCAGUCACUGAUGCUGGUCUGCUGGCUCUCAGCUCCAUGAAGAGUCUGUGCAGUCUGAACAUGAACAGCACCAAGCUCACAGCUGACACGUAUGAGGACCUCAAGGCCAAACUGCCCAACUUGAAAGACGUCGACGUUCGGUACACAGAGGCCUGGUGAUCAACCACACUCGCACACCCCUCACGUAUAACCAGACACACACAUAAACAUACGCACACAUCGCACACAGGCUCAGAUACAUAACAUGAAAAUUGUGAGGUGAUGUCAUCUCCAUCAUCACCAUCAUUAGACGAGGAACUCUGACAUCACCCCCGGUGUGAGGAUCACCCGAUGUAACCAGAAGAGCUCCGACAAAUUUUUAACGUCGGAGGAGAGGGAGGAGGAGGAGCCUUUGUCGGCUUCAGACAUCAUCACCAACCCCUGUAGUGAUGUCAUCACCAGGAAGGAACUGUGUAGCGAGUGUCAGCAUCGCUUUUUUCUAAGUGAAAUUAUGGACCUCAUCGCUCCCCUUACUUCUGUCACCGAUGUUCCAAGGAUCUUGUUUUUAUUGAUAUGAUCAGAGGACAUGCAAGGACCCACUAUAUUCUGGCUAUACUGGGACCCUCUCCGCCUUUAUCCUUUGCCCUGUCUUUCAUAUCUGGUCUCUCAGUUUCCAUAUUCAGUCUAAAUCCAGCUCUCCAGCCGUCGCCCUCCCACCUCUGUGUGUCCGUGUCAUAAGGAGACCCUGAAUCAACCCCCUCCCCCCCCAGAGCCUUCCCCUCUUUUUCUCUCCCCUGCCCCUCAUGCGACGAAGGCUGGAUACAGCAGGUCACGUUCCAGUUCUUCUCCGAUCUUCUCCAUGAUGUAGCUCUCCAAACAGACGCGUCGAACUGUUGAACACGUCAGUCCUCACUCUUGUGCUCUUUCAGUUUUUAGGGUCCGAUUCCGGCUUUUUAAAAGUCUUUCAUUGGGAAAAUGAGGUGCUACCUCCGAGAAAAAGAAGAGUUGCAAGACUGUGCCUAUUCCUCAUAUACAACACGUUCACACACGAAAAGAAAAAAAAAAGUUUUUAUCAACUUGAAUGAACAUAUUUUUCCAGACAUCUGUGCUUUCAUAUAUUGUGUGUUUCUAUAUAAAACAUGAAGAUAACCCCCAGUGCUGACAUUUCAGAAACCUUUCGGGAGCCUGUAGGAAAGUUCAACAACGAUGGCGACAUUUGUUCCUUUUUCAUUUGUUUUCAGUGUACAUACUGAUGAUCUCCCAUUACUAUUUAAUCGGACAGUUGUGUAGCAGUAGUGGGUGGUCUGGGACUGCCUCGUAUUUAUAAGUUGUGUCUUUAAAGCCUAAUUUACUCUGUCUCUCCUGGAUUUUGUCCUGACUAAUGAAGUACACAUGCAGGCCCUGUUGUUUUGCAACAUAUAACACGAGAAGCCAACGGAGAGGGAACCCAGACAUGGAUCUCUCUGCACCAUGCCAUGGUGGUAACGUAACACCUGUAGAUUGGACUGCGGUAAAUCUAAAAGUGGACCUUUAAAACGAGACCCAUCACCAGCUGAGAGUUGUAUAUUUUCAUAUCCUCUGCUAUUUUUUUGGCUCUUUUGUACAGACGGUUGAAUUGAAGACGGUUUUGAAAAGAAGAACGGACACUUGCCAAACAUCUUCUCAUCAGAUUUUGUCUUUGUUUUGUGCACUUGUUUCAUCAAGCCAACAUGCGCAUUGGUUUUUAGGGACUGACUGGUGUAGGCGGAGCCUGUUGUAACCUGCCUGUGGAGAGACGCUGACACCGCCUGUGUUCACGUCUCUGCCCCCCCGUGCUGAGGAUGAAGGAUCACAGUGCCUGUAGUGGAGCUGUGGGCUGCCUAUUGUUGUCUUUUUAUCUUUUUGUCAGACCUCCUGUUUUAAAUUGUUCUGCUGUAAUGAUAUUACGCCAUACGUGGGUGACAUUUUUAGGCUGUGUGGAUACAUAAUUCUCAUCAGAGGAUGAGGCAAAAUUAUUGUACAUAUUCUGUCACAAUGGGCUAAAAGGGACAAGCGUUUGGAAAAAGGCACCUUCGGCCAUAUCUGCCCAUCUACAUUCCCUCAAAGUGUUGCCAGUUUAUUGUGGCAACAUUUCACACGGUGUGGUAACUGCCCUGACACUGCAACUAUGUCAGAAUUUCUUUCCUCUCUGUUUGUGGUUUGGGUUGAUUUGUCCUGUGUCGGUGGCCCUCAGAAAACACAGGACAAGUCAGAUUUCCACCUUUGUUCCGGUCAGCCUCGCUCUGACUGCAUCCAUCCAUUUUAUUUAUUUGUGUCGACCUCCAGAAUCCUCCAGAUGUUUGUUGAAUCAAGGCAGAGGCUGCAGCAGAAGACAGGAUGCCGUCCACUAUAAGAUGCUUUGUUUCCUAUUUAUUGAGUGCCAUGACAGUUUUCUGUUUGGCCCGUAGACUCGGUUUGUGUACGGCCAUCUUUGGGUCUGGCUUUAGGACCUUGUGCUCUCUUUCAUAUCCUGUAUGAUGUAUAUACCAGUGUAUAUAGUCGUCUCCUCGUUUCUUCUCUUUGAACCAUUUUUAAAUCCUUCCCCUUUUUCUUAUUCUUCAUCCCUUUUCCGGAUUUUUCUCGGCCUCCCGUCAUCGGCAGGCCGCUGUUGCCUUCAUCUUAAUGUGUGUGGUUGUUUUUUUUUCACACAAAGUGCACUGUAAUCUAAAAAAUGAUGUUUUCAAUGCAUAAUAUCUUUUAAGUUUCCGACAUCUUUUAUUUGAUUACUUUAAUCAAACAUUUGUUUCCUGUGUUCUUGUUGUUUCGUUUUUUUUUUUUUUGCAUGUACAUGUUGCUGCGUCAUCUGGUAUUUUUAUUUUGUAAUUUUGUUUUAUAAAAAGUUUGAAAUAUAAUAAAGGGUCUGAUCACUAUCUCACUGAGGUUAAGGACUGAAAUGGAGAGAGGCCAUCCAACUGUUUUCUGAUUGGUUGUUGCCAGGAUCUACCCAUGAGUCUUGACACAGCGUGUUCGUUGAGGCAUUUAGGGUUUGAUUGAUACUGAUUUUUUUUUUUUUUUUUUUUUAAAGCCAAUACCGAUACUGGUACUUUUAGACUGAAGCUGCCUCAAGCUGAGAUUUCAUUAUUUAAGUUUUCAUAUCAAAAAAUGCUAACAUUUCUUGUUUAUCCAAGAAUUUUGUUCUAAUCCUGCCACAUCAUCAUAUCAGAGGUGUACCGUGCUCAUCAUCAUUUUAAAAGUUGACUUUAAAGAAGGUUUUGUUUUAUACCUGAUGUUUUUUUUUAGUCUGAAGGUCUUAAAGGAAUAGUUCUGAUAUAUUCUGAAUAGUUUUGAUAAGUUAGAUGAGAAGACUGAUAAUAACGUCAUGUCUGUCCAGUUAAUGUGAAGCUGCAGCUGGUGCAGGAGCAGCUUAACUUAACGCAAAGACUGGAAACAGCUAGCCUGGCAUAUUAUAUUAUACAAAAAGUAAAGUGGAAAAAGUCUCUGCUGGUUGCCUGGCAACCUCACAGUGACAACAAGACUCCAAGAAGUCAUGGCACCCAGCAAAGGACUAGUCCAGCACAUAAACCCCCUAAAACCACAAGGUGUUGUUCUUACAUCAGAUUUUCUUAUGUGUGGACGGAGCCAGGCCGGCUGCUUGCUUCAUGUUAAGCUAAGCUGACUGGCUGCUAACGCUCAGACAUGAGAGUGGCAUCCGUCUUCUCAUUUAAAGCAAACAAAAUGUCAAACUUUUCCUUUAAACAAAGUCUUGGGAAAAUCCUGUCACUGAGGUCGUCCCACAGGUUUUAGGCCUUGAUGAGCUGCCACUCGUCCAAACUGUGAGUGUGGGGACCAGCCUGUUGAGGUUAUAAUGGAGGGUUUUUUUUAUUACUGUAGAACAUCUGAUGGUUGAAUAGAAACACCUCUUCUGUUCUGUCAUGUCUCCGUAUCCUGUGGAGCUCACUGUGCUUUGCUUUCCGUUCCCAUCCUGAUUCCUCCCUCUUGUCUUUUAUCUCUGAUGUGUUUUUUUUUGUUUUUUUUAUUCUACACAAACUGUAAGAGUUUCUACCAUGUCCAAGUUGUGUACGACUGUGCUCAUAUCUUUUGGACAAACACGGUCAGAUGUGGCACAGCCCGACAAAUCUGACAGACUGGAAAAAAAACAACUCUAUUUCCCAUGAUUCCUUAUAGUCAAAUCUUUUUUGGCAGCUGGAAAAGGAGCGCCCAUCAUGUUUCUCUCUCUUUUUCAGUCUUUCUCUGCAUUGAUCUGCUUCUCCUGCUGGGUUAUUAUUAUUGCUGCUGCUGCUGCUCUGUGGCUGUUGUAAUAAAACUACAAAAGAUCUUCAACAGGAAAAAUAACAACUAUGAUGUUAAAUAAUUUCAAUCAAAAAUAAAUUGUCUGUGAAUAUGUUUCA